AUCACUUGUAAGAAUUCUAUUGGAGAAAAAGAGAGAGAUGAGUGGACACGGGCAGGUCGUGUGUGUAACAGGAGCAUCUGGCUUCAUUGCUUCAUGGCUUGUCAAACUCUUGCUUCUCCGUGGUUACACUGUCCAUGCCACUGUUCGUGACCCAAAUGAUCAGAAAAAGGUUGAACAUUUGUUGGGGUUAGAAGGUGCAAAAGAAAGACUACACCUAUUUAAAGCAAAUUUAAUGGAAGAGGGUUCUUUUGAUUCUGCUAUUUCUGGCUGUCAUGGUGUUUUUCAUACUGCUUCUCCUGUUCCUUUUGCUGUCAAUGAUCCUCAGGCUGAUUUGAUUGAUCCAGCAAUCAAGGGAACAAUCAACGUUCUUACCUCUUGUAAAAAGUUUUCUUCCAUUAAAAGAGUGGUUUUGACAUCUUCAAUGGCUGCAGUUUUGUUCACUGGAAAGCCUCAAGCUCCUGAGGUUGUUGUCGAUGAAAGUUGGUUUUCUGAUCCAGAGUUGUGCAAGGAACCAAUUAUGUCCAUAUCGAUGUGGUAUAGGAUUUCCAAGACCUUGGCUGAAGAUGCUGCCUGGAAAUUUUGCAAAGAGAAUGGUAUCGAAAUGAUCUCAAUGAACCCAGGCAUGGUAAUAGGUCCUAUGUUGCAACCAACACUUAAUGGAUCUAUGGCUUUAUUUUUCAGCUGUGUCAAUGGGGCAAAAACAUUUCCAAAUGCAGCCUUUGGUUUGGUCCAUGUUAAGGAUGUGGCAACUGCACAUAUCUUAGCAUUUGAGGUCCCUUCAGCUUCUGGGAGGUAUGUUUUGGUCGAAACUGUUGCUCAUUUUUCUGAGGUCGUGAGGAUAUUACAAGAACUCUACCCCUCACUCCCACUUCCGGAUAAGUGUGCUGACGACAAACCUUUUGCACCAACAUACCAGGUUUCCAAAGAGAAAGUUAAAAGUUUGGGCAUAAGCUAUACUCCCUUUGAAGUAACCCUCAAAGAGACGGUUCAAAACUUGAUGGAUAAGGGCCUUUUGAGCUUUAAGUGUGACUAGGGGGGUACCGGGGCUUAAUAAUUAUUGAUGAAUGAACUGUCAUAAUCUCCGGAGGUGAAAGUCUGUCUUAAUUUGAGUUUAUAUUGAAUAACAAUGCUAAAUCUGAUCGUAUUGAGUUACCAUAGUGAAAUAAUUGCCAAGCUUGUGCUCUUGUUCUUUCCUUUUUAACUGUCUGGUUGGCGGGGGUGGGUGGGUGUUGGGGUUGAAUUUGAUAUAUACGAAAAGAUUUUAUGGCAACAAUUUUCACUUUUAAACGUAGAGACGAGUAUGAGCAUAGCCUUGGUAUUGGCAGCUGAGUUGAAGAACAUGACACCAAAAGAGCAAGAGUGAUUGCCUUUGUUAAAUUGGCUACCUGAUGUCAAAUUCAUCACACCUCCUGUCUUCAUGGUGUAGACUCCAGUGCAUGUUUUCAAA